CGUCUGUUGGAAUGAGUUCAAAUCUUACGACCUCUCAUUAGCAAGGGUUAUGUCUACCAAGCAGAACUAACAGUCAUGUAAAUCAGUUCACACUAACUGAAGUCCUUGUAACACCUGGAUCGUCUCUAAGUACAGACAGUGGUUUUGAAAGAGACAAGUCGCAGUUAGUCAGGAAAUACCACUGUUACUGAUCUCUUACGAAGUGAAUAUCACAUGCCCCAAGAAGAAACAGCUACUGCGCAUACGUCAUUUGUCCUUGCGGUGGCUGUGAGAUCGUUGACCUUUCUGCCGAAAAAACUUGAGUAUCCGUAAUAAGUGUUUGUAGUGAAAUAUGAUGAGGUUAGUAGUCAGUCCAAUAUUGUCAGCGGUCAUUAGGCGAGGACGUUACUGUGAAGACAAAAAACGUCAACAUGUCCAUUUUCUCUAUCUCGAGUGUUAUACGAUUCUACAUGGUGUCAGGUGUCUUAGUAUAAGGUCAGCGAGGUGUGCUUUUGUACCGCAGACACCAUAAACGAAUUAGGCACUAUACGAUUUCAUUUGGUGUAAUUUUCAAAAUGAAACCUUUAAGGCCAUUGUUUGCUCUUGGGGCUUUGUUCGCUUGUCUGUCUUCUACCAUCGUCUUUAGACCCUCGGCAGCAACUUUGAGCAAACCACAACGUGCACAAGCUCUUUGGCUUCUAGGACGGAAGCAACGUGUCAAGCGUGAUUUGGGAAGUACUCAAACCCCAAGCAGUACCACCAACACAUAUAACUCCACUGCUACGCCAGCCACCAUUGAACGAACCACGAACCUUAAUCACAGCAACCAGAACGCAAGUGAUAUCACUUCGAAACAAACCAAACCAGGAGAGGGAAACAUUGGAACCUCCCUAGGUGGUAGUCACAAGAAAGGAAACGAUUGUCAAGAAUCAACAUCCUCUCCGAAUUCCACCGAUUCCGGCUGUCCCAAGUCCAAUGAUUCCGGAACAUCAAGUAACGGGGUUCCAGACUCCGGAACUGUUCAUAACAAAGAUGAAAACCGCAAAAGUGGCAACAUCCCUUCAGUUGUCAAACAGCAUAGUACGUGGAUAGCUCUCCUGGCGAGCAUAUUGUUGUGUGGAUUUAUUUUAUUUCUGGUGCACAUCAUUGGAAAGAGAAGGCGCAGAAAGCUAGCGGUUGCACCUGAGGAUUUUAAAUCUGGAUCAACUUGCAGCUGUAGUGAUGGUAUUAAAAGCACAGAGUUGAUGAACACCAGGAUUGAAAGCCAUUGCCACCCAGGUGUUACGCCAUCCGGUGCUACUGACUAAUCAAAUUGAUACCUACAGUAGCUGAAAAAAAAAAAAAAAAAAAUUUUCUACAUCCAUUUUAGAAUCACUCGUGGUCCUCGAAUAUAACUGCUCUCAGAUGUGUGACUAUUUCGUAAAUCACUCUUUUGGAAAAAAAAAAAACUUUAAAAACCAACAAAAAAUCAAACUGCCUCGCAGCAGUGCGAUUUGGUCUCGAAUUGUACUAUCUUUUCUCGAACUCGCAUUAUUUUCAGGUUCUACGUUUGCAACAAACGUAACGAGCCACUAGGUAAAUUGAAUUUUCUUUCACACCGAAGCCUUGAAUGUAGGCCUUUAAAUUGUCCGUUUUUGUAAUAGAUGUAACAAACAGGGAAUUGAAAUUCAUGACAAGCAAUUUUGGUUUAAAAUCCUAAUUGUGCGAUACUUCUUUUGCUCGAGUUCUUUAUUGUAUAAAGAAAUAAAGGCCACAAUUUUCAAUUACAGUUUCCCUAAAAUUUAAAUAUAUCUUAUUCUGUGCGUAGGUAUUUGAAAAUAAAGCCAAAUCGU